CGCCGCUUUUAGUGCCUCGCGGCUCCCGCACGUCUGGCGCGCACCUGAUCAUCAUGGGACUGGGUGUCGCUGACGUGGUUUCAUUUCAUCUCGUGGUUUCUCGCCUCUUGCCGUGAGAAAGAACACCGGUGGAUGGCAAACUUUUGCGCCGUGGAAUCUGCACGACUUCGUGGCAACAAGUCGGAGUGAAAUGACGACUUUUCAAUGACAAAUCACGGAACGCGGGAGGUGCAAGCCGUUUUCUCACCUGUCAAGUAUAAAAACACGUUUUCUUAUGGGAAUUAAGCACUCGUCCCGUUGCGUGCUCCUCAGGAGAAAAAUGGCGGAUUCCGAGAGCAUUGAGCAACAGCCAGUCCGCAUCAUUGCAUCACAGUCGGCUCAGCCAACCUCUUUGCCAAAGCCUGUGCCUUCCGUCCAGCCCGCCCCAAGACCUCUUCUCCCACCACACACACCACAUGCUGCUAGCCUUCCCAGCUGCCCUGGACGGGGCAAGAUGGGAAAGCUGUGUAAUCCUGAAGAGAUGACCUCAAAAGACUACUACUUUGACUCUUAUGCCCACUUUGGUAUCCACGAGGAGAUGCUGAAGGAUGAAGUAAGGACGCUUACCUACCGUAAUUCCAUGAACCACAACAAGCACGUGUUCAAGGACAAAAUAGUUCUGGAUGUUGGAAGCGGCACUGGGAUCUUAUCCAUGUUUGCAGCCAAAGCCGGAGCAAAGCAUGUGUAUGGGGUUGAAUGUUCCAGUAUUUCGGAAUACUCAGAAAGGAUCAUCAAGUCCAACCACCUUGACAGCGUGAUCACCAUCAUCAAUGGAAAAGUGGAAGAGGUGGAGCUCCCGGUGGACAAGGUUGACAUUAUUAUAUCAGAGUGGAUGGGCUAUUGUCUCUUCUACGAAUCCAUGCUGAACACGGUCAUCUUUGCCAGGGACAAGUGGCUGAAACCGGGUGGAUUGAUGUUUCCUGACCGUGCCUCUUUGUAUGUGUUGGCCAUCGAGGACAGGCAGUAUAAAGACUUCAAAAUACAUUGGUGGGAGAAUGUGUAUGGCUUCGACAUGACUUGUAUCCGUAAUGUGGCAAUGAAGGAGCCUCUGGUUGAUAUAGUGGACCCCAAACAGGUGGUGACCAACUCCUGCCUGGUCAAGGAGGUGGACAUCUACACGGUGAAAACUGAAGACCUCUCUUUCACAUCAGCGUUCUGCCUGCAGAUCCAGAGAAACGACUACAUUCAUGCACUGGUCACCUAUUUCAACAUUGAAUUCACCAAAUGUCACAAAAAGACCGGUUUCUCCACAGCUCCCGAUGCUGCGUACACCCACUGGAAGCAGACAGUGUUCUACCUGGAGGACUACUUGACUGUGCGAAGAGGAGAGGAAAUCACUGGCAGCAUUGCACUGAAGCCGAAUGACAAAAAUAUACGGGACUUGGACUUCACCUUUGAGCUGGAUUUUAAAGGACAACUGUGCGAGGCAGCCAUAGUCCACGACUACAAAAUGCGUUAAGUUUUUGCAGGAAUUGCGGAUAUGGACACCUGUGAGGAGUAGAGGAAGCCAAAAUACCCUUCCUGGACCACAGACACACAGAAGAAGGUGCGACGAGGACAGAAGGAUGGGACAGAGGACAGAGGUGGCCCCAUUCACAACUCGGUAGGGAUGCUGUCAGCAAGGAAGCCAUGGGCACAGACUGUUAAACAACUUUGAAUGUAAAAUUGGGGGAAAAAAAAAAGAAAAAAAAAUUAUUCUAACUUGUUCUGAGUUCGAUUCUUGCUGUACAUGUUGGUGAAAUGGAGUGCUGUAUCUGUGUCGUUUGUUUUUCACCAUAACUUGGACCUCAGUGGGUAGGGGGCUAUACGUCCAUUUAAUGAUGUAUUGUCCACGUUUUCUUGUGACAUAUUUUCAUUUGGUUGUGUUUGACCUUGUGCGGGCAAUCACAUAAGCCAUUUAGUUUGUAGUUGUAUCAGUUAAUGUUCAGUAAUAGUAAAAAAAAAAAAUAAAAAAAAAUAAUAAUAAUAUAUAUAUUCUUCUGACCACCACAGCCAAGGACAAACCUGCUGCAGGAACUAUACAAAUAGCAGGACUACUUUGUAUGUGUGCAUUUUGUGAAAGGUAAUGUGUUAAACAGUUGGUGUACUAAUACCUCACAUGAUGGACAGUGUCAAAGGUGAAAGUGUUGCAGAAGUCCAUAAUAUGUUCCCUAUGUUGUAAGUUUGAACAGGCAGUGUUUGAUAUUGUUUGACCUGCUACUUCAGUAACUACGAGUGUAGAAUGUAAUGUGAUUCAGCACAAGAGCUGUAUGAUGCAGAGCAGUUCUACACCACUGCAAACUACAACUACAGUAAUAAACAUAUCACAAAAUCAGCUACAAUCAUUGUAAAGGCCUUAAUACUGCUCUUGUACUGAAAUGCCUAUUACAGUGACUUAAGUCUUUUUUCCCCCCUUGCUUAAUGCCUUGACCAAGUUCCCAAGUGUUCCUGAUUCUAUUUGUCAAUGCUGCAUUUAAAUUUGUUACAUUUUACCUGUAAAAAAAAAAAAAAAAAAAAAAAUUCAAUUUUUUUCACGUGUGCGUUGAAUUAAUUUAUAAUGGUACACUUUAGUAAGCCAUGAAUAACAUUUUAGAGUUAUACUACUGCUUUCACAAAAUGUGAACCUGACAAUUAUAACAAUUUAAUUGUACACAUUGGAGACAAAAGAGUAGGACUUGUGCUUUUAAUUGGUAAGAGCGCAAUGUAGAUCAGAUGUACCAUCUGAAGACCUUUUAAUGGAAGCCUCAAAAGCCCUGAUGAAAAUAAAAUACAUAAUCUAGAAGGCAUGUGACUAAUGAUACUGACAAUAAUUAAUUAGCUCUUUUAUGAAUGUGAAAAGCUCUUUAACUCUGUGUAUAUUUCACAGACUGUUACCAAUACGCACAAACCGUAGUAUACGUUGUUAAAAGUAAUCCCUUAAGGUUUAUAAUCAUUUUCAGGUAAAAACAAAUCUCUUUGGAACACUUCGGAAAAUGUGUCCAAACCCCUCGCAACCCCCCAAUACACAAAUAUUAUAGCAAGCAUGUUUUUAACGCAUCUUCUAUUUAUUUAUUUAUGUUUCAUUCAAAUAUGAUGUUUCAUAUCUUAUGAUGAUGUCUUAAAAAGGGAAUAAACUGC